GAGAAUAAUCUUCUAAAUCAGCUUCACACUUCGAGAAAAUGUCGAGCGCUGAAAAUAUAAAAGAAAGCGGGAAAGCGAAGAAACAGAAGAAUGGUAACAAAAAUAAUAACAAAAAACCAUCAGCUGAAGCGAUACCACUCAAAAAUUCUCCACGGAACAAGCUCAAGAAGAGAGGUAGUAUGGAACAACUCUCUGAGCAAAUAUCAGAAGUCUUCACUAUAGAGAUGAAUAACGAUCAAGCUACAGUGGAGGAGCCAACAGAUACUACUGUUCGUAUAAAUCCAGCUGAUCCAUCAUCUCCAAAAGUGUCCACUUCUGAGCCAAAAGUCACUGUCCCAGAGCCGCCGCCAACUCACUACGCACCAGUUGUCGUGUUUAUCGAUCACCUAAGUUGGCCAAUUUUUUUGCAUUUUGUUAUUGUCAAUCGAAAUAUGAUCAUCACGAAAGUUGGAAGAAGUUUCUUGACAAGUUUGAUGCCUGGUGAUCAAAUCUCAGGUGUCGAUUCAACUCCGAUAUGGUGCAUAGAAGAUCUUGAGCAUGAGAUUCAGUCAAAGCCAGCAAGAUCAGUGAAUUUGACAGUCAACCGAGUGUGGAAUAUUAAAUGUUUGACAAACAUUCAACUGGAAAGAAUACUUCCUCAAACAGAUGAACGAUUGCAAUAUUUUAUGGUCCAUGUAUACUGUAGCAAUGGAACAGGAGGAUUGAAGUUAUACUCGGAUAAGAAGAGGGUUCUAGUACAGCAUAUCCGUGCCAAAACUCCGAUUUGCCACGCUCUACUUGUUGGAGAUCAAAUCUUAGCCAUCAACGAUGAAUUUUUAAUUGGAAAACCCAAGAAAAGUCUCAGAAGACACGCAUAUGAUUCGAUUAAGAAAUCAUUCAAGACUAAGGGAUUUGCUGAAAUUAUCGCAUGCCGACCUAUUGGAGCACGUAGCUCACCAGCGCCAAGUGUCGAUGCGGAACUUUCAGGAAAAUUUGCAAAUUAUGCAUGUGGCGUGGAGAAGGGUAACAAGUUAGAAAGAAAAGUCACCGACGAGACUAACAACCUUCCUCUGGAAGCCGAUGCUCUUGAGAUUGCUCUACGGGAGCUCACAUUUUUGCAGCAAUGGGUGAAGCAGGAUUUCGAGGAGGCGCCUUGUGAAAAAGGAAAGUCCCUUCUAAUCCUUAAGCCUCCAUUCGAGAAUGCGAAGCCCUACGAAUAUCCUCCAUUUGUUGUGAAUCAUCAAACCCAGUUGGUGUCUGCUAAAGCCUUGUCAUCGCCUGUUACAAAUACCCCAGUGGCUCACAGUCCUCCACAAGCUCUGCCGAACAAAACUAUAAUCGUUCCGGUUGGAUCAACAUCUUCUGUGCUCGUCCCUUCAACAACUUCUAAUGCACUGCCACCAGUAUUGUCUCUAAAUUCGCAAAGCCUUUCAGUCAAAACAUUGUCCAUGGCUCCACAAGUUUCCCAAGUUGAACCUCCAACGUCUGUGAUGAAUGGACCAACAGAAGCUGCCGACUUGCAUGUUGCUGUUCCUCCAUCACCAAAUACUCCAAGAAAACGUAGCAUUUUUAAGUACAAGCAAGAGAAAGGACAAACACCGGAGCAUCAGACUACAAUCAGUUUUGUUGAACAACCGGAAACGUCGAAGAUAACAUCUGAUAUUUCGGAAGAUGAAGAGCUCAAGAAGUGCGACCCAAGAUCUGGCAUCGUGGCAUUUAUUAAAAAUAAAUUCAACUGAUUAGUGAGCCAAUAAAUGUUUUUCCACGAUG